AUUUAAUAAACACGUUAUGUUGAACCUACGUUUAAUUCCAACCGUACGCCAUACGUUUUAUUCCGAUCGUAGCCGUUUCAGUUUUGCCCCCAUGAACCACCAUGCGAGCGAACACCCUGCCGCCUGCAUCAGAUGGCAAUGCUUCUGUCCAAACGUCUCCUCCAUUCUAUGCGAAUGAGACGUCUCCUCCAUUCUAUGCGAAUGAGCUAUCUCCAGCAUGUGGCCCAUCCACUGGAGGCACAAAGUUCAUCAUUCACGGUUCUGGCUUCAACUUUAGCGGCAAUUCGCAGCAACAAUCCACGGCAACGCUGGCAUCGUAUUGGGCACAUCCCACGGAUCUCGACGAUGCCAAGGUUAGGUUCAUGCACGGCGACAAGAUCCUCGCAUCUGUAGCUGCUACGAUCCAGAACUCGUCCAAGAUCGAAUGUACCACCGUCCCGUACACCCGUCCGCUGCUCCAUACCACAUGUGAAUCCUGGGGCUCAGUGUCGUUGUGGAUCUCUGUUCGCGGCAGUCCGUAUGCUCAAUGCAAAACCCCAUUCGUGUAUUACCAUCAACCGUUCAUCUUCCACUUGAGUCCGCGCGCUGUAUCGGUCGCCGCCGUCGCGAACAACGACGCGGACGUGUCCCUGCGCUUGACCGUAGCGGCCACACCACAACACACGCAGACACACGCGCAGCGCGAGCGGCUAGCGCUGGACAUGCAACGCCACGUCAUGCACUUUCGCAUCGUGCCGCAGUCUCCUUCGGUGGCAUCUUCCUCGACGAUAGUAGCCGUUCGAGGCACCAUCCUUCCUGACGACGGCGCCGUCGACGGCGUGCGCGCCUCGAUCCACGUGCCGUCGCAGCUGGCCGUGGGCACAUAUGCAUUUCAAAUUGCGUUCAAUAACACUGACUUUCCACCCCUCCCGUCUGAUCCAAUACGAGCGAACCAUGCUGAUGAUGAUGAUAUGUGGACUUCGUGGACAUCGCACGGGCAAUUCAUGGUAUUCAGUCCCCCCACUCUGUCGGCAGUGUCGCCCACCGCUUGCUUCUACGCGGGAGGCCAGCAUGUGACACUGUACGGGCAGCAUCUAGCGCCGCCUGGCGUGACGUCCUCUCCUCGGCACCAUGCGACCGCUAAAGCCAUCGUGCGGUUCACCCAUGUCGUGUCCUCCAGUACAACCCACGCGACAUGGACUGGCGGAGGUGGUCCCUACUUUGUCCACGCCUCGUUUACAACGGACGACCCGACGACGUUGGUGGUGAAAUCACCUCGGUUUAACGACGCAGGACAGUACGAGGUGGCUGUGUCCGUCAACGGCGGCGUCCACUUCAGUGCGCUUUCGUCGUCGUUGUUGCUCGUGUACUGGAAACCGACGUGUGAAUACGUGACGCCCGCGUACGGCGUGUCCAUGGGCGGCACGGACCUCCAUCUGCGCAUUUCGUUUGGCCAACUGCGACACGAAGGUGAUCGCCCGAGGGUGGCGCUGGAAGACUCGACGUUUGACGAUCCAAAUGGACUCAUCCGCGUGCGCUUCAUGUCCGACUUGCUGCCCACCGUCCGCGGCCACGUGUCCUCGUGUCGCAAGUUCUUUCAUUGUACGACCCCCAAAAAUGCCAUGGUCGACCAGUUCCGUCAUUCGCAACUGGAAGCGAUGGGGCUGCAAGUGAGCGUCGACGGCGGGGUAGUUUUCUUUGACUUGACGCCCAAGACUCCGUUUAGUUACUACGCGCCCCCCAAGCUGCGCAUGUACACGCCGGUGCAGGGCCCCGCCACGGGCGGCACGACCGUCCAUUUGCAUGUGGGGGUGCCGAUUCCCGAUAUAUUCACAUGUCACUUGCGCUUCCGAGGGGCCAAGCUACUGCAUCAGGAUAUCCACGACGUCCCCAUGACCAAGUCCGCGGACGGACUCAUACUCACCUGUAUUUCGCCCAAGUGGCACUUGGAACCGGGUGAAGCGUACGCCAUGGCGCUCGUUGAAUUGACGCUGAACGGUGUCGACUAUGUGAGCGACACGACCGAGUUUGAGCCGUGUGACCACCCGUUGUUUGCUGGACUGGGCCACCAGUUUUGCUAUUAUGCACCGCCUCGUCUCACGGACGUUUCCGCGAAAUUUCUGUCGUGCCGCGGCCAUGACCAAGUGGUGAUCCGGGGCGCGGGUUUGCUCGAGUGUGGCGGCCCGAUCCGAGUCGCGUUCUCGAACGGCACGACGACGAAAUACGUGGACGCGAGUCGCGUCGACGGCGACCGCGUCGAGUGCCGCGCCCCGCCGUUUGCGCCGGGACCAUGUGACGUGGCCGUGUCGUUGAACGGCCAGCAAUUCACCGGCGAUUGGACGGUGGGCAGCCACUUAAAGCUGGCAUCAAGAUCGCCCACCCAAGUGCAGUUUGUGGAAGAGCCGGUGUUUACAAUGCUUGCGCCUGCGAAAGGACCCAAGGCUGGCGGCACGGAGCUGCGGAUAUUCGGAGAGCAUUUCGUCGACACGGGGCAGAUACGCGUCCGCUUUGCGACGUCCACGUUUGAGGUCGUGGUACCGGGGGUCGUCACCCAGUACGUGGCAAGCAGAGGAGUUGAUGUUGCAGUGCAAGUUCUCGAUAAGUUAUCGUGGCGUGUGAAGUGUGUAUGUAUUUCGUGCGAUUGUAAGAUGAUAUUUUGCUUCUUCGGGUACGUACGUAGUGGUGUGCUCCAGUGCGUGACCCCAAAGUGUCCUGUGGAUGGAGAGGAGACGGUGGUGGUGGUGGCGGCGCUGGACUGGGCGAUUGCCGAUGGCGCCAUGUACAUCGUGUCGCACAAGUCCAAGUUGAAGCCCGUGUUUGUGUACGAGUAAUAAUGGAUAUGAUUGCUGCUCGAGUCCAAGUAACAACGUUAAAAACAACAAUCACGUCUUAUAACGUCCUGA